AUGGCCCUAGUAGCCUACUCUGACUCCGAAGGCUCAGAUGCCGAGCCGGAGACCACCCCCGCACCUCUAACCAACAAGGCGACAAACCCCGACUUAAAGUCAGGCUUCAAGGUCGAUCGCAGCAACCCGAACAAGAUCCGCAUUGCAAUUCCAGAGAUCAAACCCGAACACCCAGCCGGUGAGGACGAAGAUGGCCCGCGCAAAAAGCCCCGCAUAGGGGGAGGAGGUUUCUCAGGAUUCAACUCCUUCCUCCCAGCGCCCAAACGGACGGCCGAGAAAAAAGCGCCGAUGGCGACAACACGAAAAGCAUUCAGUCUCAAAACAGGCGCAGGACCAGGAUUUGAUCGCACGGCUGAUGCAGAGAUGAAGAAUGACAUGGCAUUCGACAAUCUUGCCGGUGCCGACGCGGAGGAUACCAUACCCGCACCUGGCAGCUUGACCGCCGACACUGCACCAGAUGCAUCGGUGGAGACAAUGAAGAAGCCAGAGCAAGUCAAAUUGCAAGGGAACCCGAUGAUGUUCAGACCGUUAUCAGUCGGGCGACCUAAGAAAAAGAAGACUACCAAGAUUAUUGAGCAACCAACGCCUGGUCCAUCGAAGUCUGCUCAAUCUGGACAGCAGACGACAACGUCACAACCUCCUGCACCACCCCCACCAAAACCCAAAGUCAGCCUCUUCUCUCUGUCGUCAGACGAGACCACUUCUCGACCAGACCCCACGCCGGGACCAUCAGCAACCUACCAGCCGCUGGUAUACAACGCCGAAAGUGAAGAAGCGUCAGAGGCCAUUCCCGCAGACAUCGAGCCUCCGCAUAUCCCCGCAGAGUAUUCAACGGCAACGGUCUCAUCAAAUCCCGUCUCAUCGUUGGACAGCGUCGCCAAUGACCUGAACCUGUCCAAGUCCGAAAGGCGCCAGCUCUUCGGCCGUAAUGCCACAGCCGCACAGUCCCAUGUCCGCACCUUCAACACAGACGAAGAGUAUGCCUCGAACCAGGUUCUGGCACAGGGCGAACUGGCUGCAGCUCAGCAUAAUCCUGUGCGCUCCAUUGCGCCGGGAAAGCACACCCUCCAACAGUUGCUCAAUGCUGCGACCUCGCAGAAGGAUGCCUUGGAGGAAAGCUUUGCGACGGGUCGGAGAAACAAGAGGGAAGCUGGAUCCAAGUAUGGGUGGUAA